CCGGGCCUCGUAGAGGCGGCUCGCGAGGGGCGGUGCGCGCGCGCCUCGGUCCCCCCGGGGCGGGGCGGAGCUUAGACGGCCGGCCGGCGCUGGCCUUGGGGGUCAGCGUGUGUUCCCGCCCGGCCCGCGACAGUGCAAAGCUGCAGCGCGCGGAUCGUGACCCCGAGGCUGGCCCGGAUGGGAUACUCAGCCCAGGUGCCCCAUGUACCAUGGCCCUGGUGUCUGCUGAUUCCCGCAUUGCAGAACUUCUCACAGAGCUCCAUCAGCUGAUCAAACAAACGCAGGUACAAGUAAACAACUUAGUGAACAUCCAGAAGACCCACGAGCGGAUGCAGACAGAGAACAAGAUCUCUCCCUAUUACCGGACUAAGCUGCGUGGACUCUAUACAACAGCCAAAGCAGACGCAGAGGCCGAGUGCAACAUCCUCCGGAAAGCCCUAGAUAAGAUUGCAGAAAUCAAAUCGCUGUUGGAAGAGAGGCGAAUUGCGGCAAAGAUUGCAGGCCUGUACAAUGACUCGGAGCCCCCUCGGAAGACCAUGCGGAGGGGGGUGCUGAUGACUCUGCUGCAGCAGUCAGCCAUGACCCUGCCCCUGUGGAUCGGGAAGCCUGGUGACAAGCCCCCCCCACUCUGCGGGGCCAUUCCAGCCUCUGGGGACUAUGUGGCCAAACCUGGAGAUAAAGUGGCUGCCCGGGUGAAGGCCGUGGAUGGGGAUGAGCAGUGGAUCCUGGCUGAGGUGGUCAGUUACAGCCAUGCCACCAACAAGUAUGAGGUAGAUGACAUUGAUGAAGAAGGCAAAGAGAGACACACCCUGAGCCGGCGGCGAAUCAUCCCCCUGCCCCAGUGGAAAGCCAACCCUGAGACGGACCCCGAAGCCUUAUUCCAGAAGGAGCAGCUCGUGCUAGCCCUGUAUCCCCAGACCACCUGCUUCUACCGUGCCCUGAUCCACACGCCCCCACAAAGGCCCCAGGAUGACUAUUCGGUCCUGUUCGAAGACACAUCCUAUGCAGAUGGUUACUCUCCUCCCCUCAAUGUGGCCCAGAGGUAUGUGGUGGCUUGUAAGGAACCCAAGAAAAAAUGAAGCAAGCUGGCAGACUCAAUCUCCCAGCACCUUCAAGGGGGAGCACAACAAACAAUUGUGUCAUCAAAUAAAUAUUCUUCCCCUUUG